AUGCGUGCAUUCGUCGUCCUCCUGCUCGCCCUAAGUUGGCGCCUUGGGGCAGAUUUCCUCGGACUGCAGGAAUCGGCCGUGCUUCUUCCGUGCUCAGCUGUGCGUCUCUUCAAGGCUGCUCAGUUGGUUAGUGGCCUAAUGGGUGCAGCGGGAGCGAUGCAAAACGCUGGAGGAGGCGACAUGCAGGCACUAGGUACACAGGCCGUUCAGGCUACAACCAAUCAAUCCAUGCAAGGUCUACAGUCAGAGGUGGCCAAGACAAAGAAGGGCGAAGAUGAUGAGGAUGAAGGUGACGACGGAAGGAAACAGGCCGCACACAUCGUGAGAACUGUAGGGGGCGUUGCGACACAGCUUGCGGAAGGAUUUGGACUUGGUGCGCUCGUUGGUGGCGCAACAAACCUCAUAGCGGGUGCUGUCGCAGGCAAACCUAAGGGAUCGAAAUCUGAGAGCAAGGACGACGACGAUGAGGAUGACGACGAUAAGAAGUCGAAGGAAGAGAAGGGAGACGAUGAUGACGAUGACGACGAUAAGAAGUCGAAGAAAAGGAAGGGAGACGAUGAUGAUGACGAUGACGAUGACAAGAAGAAAAGGAAGGGCGACGAUGAUGAUGACGAUGACGACGGUAAGAAGUCGAAAAAAAAGAAGAGAGACGAUGAUGACGAUGAAUAG